AAGAAAAGUCCACAUUGAUAGCAGUAGAUUAUAGCUCAUUUUCUCUAACUGCUAUGAAAAAUAGACUUUUUUUUUAAUUACUAUAUAAUAGCACUAGAUAAACGCUAAGAUAAAAAUUCGUUAAGCGAGAACCUAAAAUCGUUUAUUCCGCUAUUACUUAGAUGAAAAUUUUCGUUUAAGCGCGUUUCAGAUCCAAUUUUUUUUUUUGUCAACAGAACCAAAAAAUUUAAAUGCCACGUUUACAGCAAAAAUAAAACCUUAUCCCUUCUCUGUACGACGAGACGAACAAAACAUCAGAAAAUUUUUCUUCGCCAAAUUGAAAUCUAGGUCUUUUUGAGUCCACCAUAGACUCCACCGUGAAGCUCGUCGGUGGCCUCAUUUCGCGUCCAUUCCGAUGUCAUAUCUCGGCAAAAAAGUGAUUAACACGAAUUGUUAUGUCUCCCUCUACCUCAAUUUUUAUUUGCUUCCUUCUCUUAUUAUCUUUCUCCAUCCAAAUCCGAGUUUGCGAGAUUUCAAGCUACCUUAACAACAAAGUCAUCCACUUUUUCAACUUUCUUUCAACUACUUAAGCUCCAGUGCACAACGCUUGCAGGAUUUAGGUGAUGAGUCUAAGUCGCUUCAGCAAUAGUUUUGUGUACAGAGGUCAAUGGAGAUGGAAAGUAUGAGCGGAUAAGUGGAACAAGCCUUUGGUGGAGGCACAGUUUUAGGUCUUGGUGGAGGCACAAUUUUAGCCAAAAGAAGCCUUAUGAUCUUAGCAAAGCAACGAUGCGCAAGAAAAUAAGGUUCACUGUUUCUCCCGAGGAGAUUGAUGAUGAUACAUCAGAGAUUCCAUCCCCGCCAAAGAAAACUUACAAGGAUCCCGACGGUGGAAGGCAACAGUUCUUACUGGAACUUGAAUUCAUUCAAUGUCUCGCCAAUCCUACUUACAUCCACUACCUGGCACAGAAUCAGUAUUUUGAAGAUGAAGCAUUUAUUGAAUACUUGAACUAUCUUCAAUAUUGGCAGCGACCAGAGUACAUCAAGUUCAUAAUAUACAUAUGGAGAGGAUAACUAACAUGUCUUUUUCAUAUAUUCAAAGUGAACUAGUAGCUGUUCAUUGGACUGUUUCUAGAAACGCUAAGUGAGCAGCUAAAAGAGAGCCUUUGCUACAAGUAAGAAAGGCUUGGAUGGGUUACAUGUACAUGUCAAAUAGUGUUUCUAUUCUUUUUAAUGUUAAUUUUAUUUUGUUUUAGACUUGGUGACACUUUGUUAUGUAAGACUUAUUUUGG